UGCGCCUGCGCACCGGAGGCCGGAGGAGUCUUACCCUAAUGUAAGAUGGUGGCCCGUCUGGCUGUGGAACCCACCGAAAGCUGAGAGUCUGUCUCUCAGCCGUAAAGGUCGGACUCGCUGAAGCAAUCAGGCCCGGUUCUGAAGAGUUUUUUCCCCGACACUCGUUCAGUGGUCUCUUGUGAGGACGCGGCAGCGCGUGGAGUCGGCUAAGGGAAAAGCGAGGCAAGGCAGGCGGGUCUUUGAAGUUCUACAGUUUAGUUCUCAGUGCUGAACUUCCUUCUCCCUUAAGUUAUUAUAAACUUUUGCUGCUGUUUAAUAAACGUGAAGAUGUCUCGCAGUCCUGAUGCGAAGGAAGACCCUGUGGAAUGUCCUCUUUGCAUGGAGCCCUUGGAGAUAGAUGAUAUCAACUUUUUUCCUUGCACCUGUGGCUAUCAGAUUUGCCGAUUUUGUUGGCAUCGAAUUCGCACUGAUGAAAAUGGGCUUUGUCCUGCAUGUAGAAAGCCAUAUCCAGAAGACCCAGCAGUUUAUAAACCACUUUCCCAGGAAGAAUUGCAAAGGAUAAAGAAUGAGAAAAAACAGAAACAGAAUGAGAGAAAACAGAAAAUAUCAGAAAACCGCAAACAUUUGGCUAGUGUACGUGUUGUACAAAAAAACCUCGUCUUUGUUGUAGGUCUGUCUCAGCGCCUAGCAGACCCAGAGGUUUUAAAACGACCAGAAUAUUUUGGGAAGUUUGGUAAAAUACAUAAAGUUGUCAUCAAUAAUAGCACAUCAUAUGCAGGCUCACAGGGUCCAAGUGCCAGUGCUUACGUAACCUAUAUCCGGUCAGAAGAUGCUCUCAGAGCCAUACAGUGUGUCAACAAUGUGGUAGUAGAUGGCAGAACACUUAAGGCAUCUCUAGGUACAACAAAAUACUGCAGUUACUUCUUAAAGAAUAUGCAGUGUCCAAAGCCUGACUGCAUGUAUCUACAUGAAUUGGGGGAUGAGGCGGCCAGCUUCACGAAAGAGGAAAUGCAGGCGGGUAAGCACCAAGAAUAUGAACAGAAACUACUUCAAGAAUUAUAUAAGUUAAACCCCAAUUUUCUUCAACUAUCUACGGGUUCAGUUGAUAAGAAUAAGAACAAAGUGACACCACUGCAGAGGUAUGAUACCCCCAUUGACAAACCUUCAGAUUCUCUCAGUAUAGGGAAUGGUGAUAAUUCCCAGCAGAUAUCUAACAGUGAUACGCCUUCACCACCACCUGGUUUAUCAAAAUCCAAUCCAGUCAUCCCCAUCAGUUCAUCCAAUCACAGUGCACGGUCUCCUUUUGAAGGGGCAGUAACUGAGUCACAGUCGUUAUUCUCAGAUAACUUUCGCCAUCCCAACCCAAUCCCAAGUGGGCUUCCUCCUUUCCCCAGCUCCCCACAGACAUCCAGUGACUGGCCUACAGCACCAGAACCACAGAGUCUCUUCACAUCAGAAACAAUCCCAGUAUCAUCCUCUACAGACUGGCAAGCAGCAUUUGGCUUUGGUUCUUCUAAACAACCAGAGGAUGACUUGGGUUUUGAUCCCUUUGAUGUCACUCGAAAAGCCUUAGCAGACCUGAUUGAAAAGGAACUGUCAGUCCAAGACCAGCCUUCCCUUUCACCCACAUCUCUUCAGAACUCCUCUUCACACACUACAACCGCCAAAGGUCCGGGCUCUGGAUUCCUGCAUCCUGCUGCACCAACAAAUGCCAACUCUCUCAAUAGUACCUUUUCAGUCUUGCCACAGAGGUUCCCUCAAUUUCAGCAGCACCGAGCAGUUUAUAAUUCAUUCAGUUUUCCAGGCCAGGCAGCCCGCUAUCCUUGGAUGGCCUUUCCACGCAAUAGCAUCAUGCACUUGAACCACACAGCAAACCCCACCUCAAAUAGUAAUUUCUUGGACUUGAAUCUCCCGCCACAGCACAACACAGGUCUGGGAGGGAUCCCUAUAGCAGGGGAAGAAGAGGUGAAGGUUUCGACCAUGCCACUGUCAGCCUCUUCCCAUUCAUUACAACAAGGACAGCAGCCUACAAGUCUCCACACUACUGUGGCCUGACAACAGAACUGAGAGGAGAGGAUUAGACUCUGGGGUGCUUGCAUGGGCAACCGGAUUUUUGCAUGAUUCCUUUCUGAUUUCGCAUUUAAUGUAUACACCCAAAAGAGCCAAUAUAAACGUUCCUCAUGCCUACAACUAGUGUGUUACCUCAUAGUUGCUAAAGUAUUUCUUCAUUAGGCCCUUAACACGAUUUAUUAGCAUAAUAAUUUUGGCAUUGUUUCUCAUGAGUGAUACUAUUUUUAACUCACACAAAUAAACUUGUAGUACUAAUUAAGAUCCCAGAUGAGAUUAGCUAGAAUUGUUCUUAUUUUGGCUCUAUUACUGAAAUUAUGCAAAGAUAAUGGUAGUUCCUUGUUUUCUGAUUUGUGAAAAAAAAAUGGUAAUAUCCUAAUAUACUCAUGAAAAAAUUGAAAAUUAAGAUAAUGUCUAUUGCAUUUCUUUGAAUACUUGAGAAGAAAGAAAACAUAUAAAACAAAAUUGGUGGUGUUGUUUAAUGCUCAGAAGGAUGUUGUCAGCAAUUAUUUUUAGUUGUAUGGAUUUAUAGCCUAUAUCAAUGCAUUACAUGUUUAGAAACUGUUUUUGUUGUCUCUCAUUUGCACAUUUGCACUUUCUUUUUGAAUGGUUGUUAAUUAUAUUUAGAAGGUUAAUUAUUAUAGACUAAAUGCAAUAUCUCUUUUCUAAUGCACUGCCUAGUAUACCAGGAAAUGCCUCAGAAACAGAAUUUCAACUUACAGUUGAUUUAUCAGAAACUUGAAUAUGGGGUAAACAUUGUAUGUGAGAAGCAACCACAGUAGUGUAACAUUUUUAUGGAACAAACGGUAGUUCUGUGAGAUAUCUGUUUGGAAACCUCAUUGUUUAAUAAUUGAAAUGUGAUAAUAAAGCUAUAUUACAAGUACCUGGCCAGAAUGAGACUAAGGUGGAGGAGACGAGAUUGGGGAUCCUCUAAAAUUAGGCCAUGUAAGUUGUCGUAGGUAAUUUUGAUCACAUAGGAUAGUGAAGUACUUUAUUAGGACAUGAUAUGCAGUGAUGUUUUUGGAUAAUACACAGUUUUUUUCAAAAAUAGUUUUAAAGCUGAUAAAAUAAACUGAAUUCAGUUCUGAGCAGUGGACAAAAGCUGAUUCAGAAAAAAUGACCAUAUUCUGCCUGAUUAAAUAUCUGGGAAGAAUGGGGAAAGUCAGAUCUCUUCUUGACGUUUUCAAAAAACAAUUAUGAUAAAAGAUAUGCCUUUAUUUGUUAAAAAUAUUAAAAGAGUAAUGUGAAUACCAAAAAAGGAAUCCUGAGGAUUUUAAAAUAAUAAUUAUUUAAAAAACACAUUAGGAGAUGAGACUUAAUAUCAUGUUGGCAUUUUUUCAAGAUUACCUCUCUAUAUGAAGUCUGGUUAUUUUCUGUUAGGUAUAAUACAGCAAAUGGAAUAGCUUUGUCCUCAGGUAUAGUGGGUAAACUAAAAUCUGUUCUUUGAUGUCCUUUGAUUUGGUUAACUGAGGUAUAGGAACAGCUAAUUAUCUAGCCAUUUAAAUUAUUUUUGUAAGAUUCUGCAUAAGUGACAAUCUCUAAUUUCUAUUCAAAACUGACUUUAGGGCAGCGUUACAAGAAAUUUAGAAAAUACAAGUAAAACACUGUCGACUUAUUAGACAGAAGCCUUUGACCAUGGGUUAAUAACAGUUUUAUUUUUGCUGUAAGAAGCCAAGACAUCCACUUAAUGUCUUCUGUGGUGCAAGGGUUCCUAGGCUUUGGGGUCCCUGUAGUGAAGCUUACUAGUACAUAGCUUUCUCUAGUGCAAGCCUUUCAUCACCUGGAUCUUCUUACCAAGACAGAUGGUUUCUUUACUUUACUUUACUUCUUUGUGUUGAGAGAGCGAUCUGCCUGUUAAACAAGGCUUCUUUCCUGUGGUCGCUUUCUCUCUCCUUUUUCCUUCCUUGCCAAGGCCAAAAAAUUGUCAGGUAUUUUAUCUAUACUUGCUAGAACCCAAAACUCCCUCCCUGCCUGCUUCUUUAUUCUUCACACUUUUGACACACACCAAACAUCAGGAAAAUGCGUCUUGGGCACUUAGGUUUCAGUUUAAUUAUUUUCACAUUGAAAAGCUAAAGAUUAUCUUUUAACUUUGUAAUUUCGAGCCCUUGUAAGCCUAGAAUAAUAAGUCUCACCAUUUUACUUACCUAGUAUUUCAUAUAGUAUGGUUUUUUAAAAAAGUUAAGUCUUGAAAUCAUGGUGGUAAUUAAUUAUAGUAAAGCACAGAAGAAAUUACACAAUACAUAAAAGAAAGUACCACUUCAUAUAGCAAGUAAGUUGAUGAAGCCAAAUGAUGGUAAAGAAUGAAAAAUUCUAAAAAAUUUCAGAUUAAUUUUUGUUAAAUGAAUGUCUCAUGCACAAGGGAAACUUUUUAUGCUUUUACAUCCCAACUUUUAAAAAAAGUAACUAGUGUGUUUCUUAAAUCAGGAACUGUAAACGCCAGAAUUCAGAACCCUUUGGAUGGACUAGCAAAGUUUUGUACGUAUGUACAGCUGUCCAUAUUUUUCUGGGGAGAAAAUCUAUAGCUAUUAGAUUUAUAAAGGGCUUAGUGAUUCCCCAUGCCACCCCUCACCCCGGGAAGAGAAGUUAAGAACUGCUACCCUGAAAUGACUUCAGUGCCACUAUAGGAAAUAGAGAACUGGAGUGAAUGAUUUAAGUCAUGAUGAAUGUAAAGUGCCUCUUUUUUAUUUUCUUAAAGAUUCCUUUAGAAAAUAUUUUCUGAGUAAUGAUCUUUUCCUUUUCAUUCUACUGUUGCAUGUUUUUCCAGGGGGUGCUUUUGCAUAUUGCCCUUAUUACAACAAAAUAUUAGUCAAAUAUUUGAGAGCCUAUUCUGUAUGGUGACCUUUAGUUAGGUCUUGAGGGCUGAAUAAAGCAUAGAUCCUGUCAUUAAGGAUAACAGUCCAGUGACAGUUUUAUUUCAGGUUGUUUCUGUAGGGUCAGCUCUUAAUAUAUUUUAACAAGAACAGUUGCAGUGGUCUAGACUCAUAUUAUUACUCAUUGCUCUGAUGGUGGCAACAUAGGGUAUUAAAUAUUGAUACCUGAAAAUUAAAAUAUAUGAUAAUUUGGAGGGAGUGAU